ACAUUGGAACUGUCAAAGAGUUAUCAAGAGGACAAAAUAUAUUUUGCAUCUUUGCUUAAUUGCCUUAUCGAAAGGUUUAAAUUAAAUUCAAAUUCCUAUUCAGCUGAAUGUAACCUAGAUAAAUAGACAAUUAGAGAUAAUAAAUGACCAUUCGUUUGCUAGCCGGUAGAAGUUAGUUUUAUAGGUGUUUUUGUUUCCGACAGAAUGAUAACGAAUCUAGUAGUUACCAGAAUUCGACACCUGCUGGUUUUGAUCGGGGCUCUGCUGAAACGUAUUCUUUGUUGCUGCUCGCGCCGUCGAAGGCUAUCUAACGUCGAAUCUGAGACUCUUAACUCCGUCAAUGUCGUACAGGAUGUCAACCGAAUAUACAAGAACUUCGCAGAAAAAGACUGGAACUCUUGGGAUGGUACGCCGGCAACGGUGGAGGAACACAUUGAGCGGUACCGGGAGCAGUUAGUUGCGCCUGUUACACCGAGUGAGCCACCCAUAGAAGAACAAAUCGAUUUCUUCCGAGAUAUGGCACCGACUAUCGUGGCUCAGCAGAAAAUUUGUAUUGCAACCGAACGUGAUGAUAACGGCGGCCUGGAAGGUCGGUUUAAUCGGCUAACGGCGAAGAUCGACAUUCCUGUGGUGGAUGGUCUGGCCGACUGGGACGAUGAUACUGAAGGUCACGGGCGACACGGGUGGGACGAUGCUGAUGAAAAUACCACUAAGCAACUGAUUAGGCAAACGCGAAAAGAGCAAAGACAACAGAGACAGCAACAGCAUCAGUAUCGAAAUCAUUAAAAAGCAGGACUUUUACGCUGUCCAAAGUUAGGGUACAAGAUUUUGUUGUAUUUUAGCACAUUUCCUUUCAGCUGAGCAAAGGAUUUUUUUAGUUUGUGAUUUAACGCUACAUUUCUUAUUAGAAGUUUAUUGCAGCCGUGAAAAAAAUUAUGAGAAAAGUAUAAGAAUGACUGUCGGAUAUUUUUUUCAUUGAGUAGUCCUAGCUGCGAGUAACACAAAAAUGUAGUAGCUUCGCAACCCCGAGGUUACUGGAUCUUCUUUGACAAGUGGGGUGGCCACGUGUUGGAAUUUUAUAGCGAAUUUCUUCAUCCCACCUAGUUCGACGUAGAAUUCAAUGUCGAAGGAUUACGCAUGAGUUUAUUCUCAGGCUGUAGUGUAAUGGAAAAGCAUUUAGCAAAUUUAGGUUGUCUGAAAACACUUAUAAAAAAGAUAAUUUUAUUCUAAAUAAAAUAGUUUUUGUAUAUCUUC